AUGAUCGCUUUGCAUUCGCGUCGAUUAAGGAGGAGACUGAGUGCUCCAACUUCUGGUUCAGCACGGAGACGUGCUCGAGAGAGGCGACUUGCUGAAGAAACUCGUCUUGAAGGGGAGAGGCUUGCGAGAGAACGACGUGAAAAGCGAGCUAGAGAGAAAUUUGAACUGCAGAAACAGGCCCGAUUGGACCUGGCGUCAUACGACCCGUGGGGUCGCGCCGGCGGCGGCGCGCCUAAUCCUUCUGGUACACGGUUUUCUAAUCUUCGUGCUGCUGGUAUCUACCCUGAAGACGAGCUUAAGAACCUAGCUGCCCACGAACCGUGCCGGCGGUGGUCAUCACUGUAUCGAAGCCGACGCACGCCACUUCGUCUCCGAGAAGAUCCACAAAUAUGUUAUGCAAAUAUAUUGCGACAAACCGUAGACAAUGAUAUACGAUAUAAACAAACUCCGCGGCAGCAGCAAGCGUACAAAGAAAUUCUAGAUGAAAUGGUUAGUAAAAGACAAAAAGCAUUAGCGGAAGGUACACGACAUAAUUUGGAAUACGAGCGUAAAAUGCAAACGCUUAAAGGACCUUGGGGCAAGCCGGGGCCAGGUGGAACAAUAUGGAGGAACCCUCGAGACAUUGGUCUGAAUUUCUCAAAGUCUAUGGGUUGGACCGAUAAUGAAAUUCUUAACAAAUUAAGAGGUGGACAGAAUCGGUAUAAGAGAUCGUCACUUACUUUACCUAAAGUAAAUAAAGACGAUGAUUACUCCAAAGAGGAUAACAUAGCAUGUAAAGAAAAUAUAAAACCAUCCAGCGUUGGAAAAUUACCUGAUAUUGGCAAACAUAGUGCUGAAGAAAAGGUAAGGAGUAUUAAUGAAGGUAAAGAAGAAAAACAGAGUAGUGGUAAAAACUGCAAAACUAAACAUAGUCCUAGAAAAAAUAAGUUCGUAAAAAGACUAUCUAAUGGGGAAAGAAUGACCCGAUCAGUUCCUAAUGAUAUAGAAGACAAUGGAGAAAGUAAUUAUAUACAAAAGAAACCAACACCAGAGGCGACUAUAUUGCGAGUAACUGGAGGCAUAGAAAUUGUGCCUUUAUUAGCAAGAAGGAGACGCGUCGGGGCUCGUACUUUACAUUCUAGUGACGUCACACGACUGCCGGAACAGCCAUGCCAAUGGCGAGAGCUAAUGGAUGUAGAGUAUUUACGAGAACUAAAACACCAAAUGCGUAUCAAAUGUGAAAAAAGAGAGGAGAGUCGUCGCGACUCCUUGGAGAGUGUACGACGUCAUCACGAAACCUGGGCCUCGCUGUGGGGUCGUCCGGGACAUGGCGCGCCUCAACUCCGCGGCCGUUACGCGCGAAGCAACCUCGCACAGUUACUAUAUAAGCCACGACUCGCCAACUCAAACAUUUAG